UUUUUUAAAAAUCUAUACAAAUGACUAUUUUUAUAAAAAGCAGUGAUUAAAAACAAAAAAAAAACUGUAACACAGCCAGUGAACACUCAAGUUAACUUGUCGUCCUCCCUUCUCCGUCUCAUCCAUCCUUCGCCGUCUCAAUAUCUGUUGUGUUGUGUACAUUGCUAGAAGCUGUUGCAACUUUAAGAGGUCGCUCACGCCCUCAUUGAUGUCAUCAAAAUUUUGCCUUAAGGUUGAUGAAAGACAAAUCCACAAGAACCUUACUGGACAUAGCAUCAGAAGCAUCUUGAAGAAAGUUCAGUCGCCAUUGCUCUUUCGUUCAGUAUUUUCUACCUUCAAAGCUGAGAUCAUAAGGAUGGUUGAAUUCUCAAUAAGUAAUGCUAGAUAUACUUACGUGCAUGAUCAGAAAUACCCCUCUGAAAAUGCUGACAUGCACCAUAUAGUUCUGAGGAGGAGUGGCUCAAAAUAUGUUUUUGUGUAUGCCUCGGCACUUUUUGUAUUAGCAUGUGCCAUCUAUCUGUAUUUUCUUGAGGAAAAAUCUAUCAGUCUUGUAUACUACAGCUUGCUUUUUGACAUAAUUCUUGUCAAGUUGUUACUUCGGAAGCCUGUUAAUAAAGAGUCUGUUGUGAUUAUGCCAGCUUUUGGAGUACAGCUUGAGACUCACUAUAUGAGUGGAAAAGUCAUCCGAUGCUUUGUUCCCAUUGACAAGAUUCUAAAACCUGUUUUACUAGAAUGCGUGACUCCAGUGACUUGCUACUGGACUCUAUCCUUGAUUGUUCGCGACGAAUCGGAAAUGGUGUUAGUUUUCAAGAACUUGCGACCACCAAUUAAAAUGCUGGUUCAUGUUUGGAAGGCCUUGUGUGCUGCAACAGAUAAUAAAGAAGAGACUUCUACACAUACAAAGUAGGUAGUAGAUAGCUAUGAGUUCCUUCUUAAUGCGGUGUUUGUUUGAUUUCCUGCCUUGGAGCGGUGUUCGUUUGAUUUCCCAUCUUGAAGCGGUGUUUGUUUGAUUUCUUGACUUGUUAUAAUGUUCGUCUGGUUCAGAUUGACCGAUCAACUUCCACCAACUACCGAUUCAACCAUUGAUUAAAUUCAUAAACGAUGCAUAUCCAAAGACAUAAGCAUUCUAGUGAUUUUAUUUUAUCACAUUAUUUGUAGGUCUAGUUUAAUAUUAACUUGAUUGUUUUGAGUUUGUUCGUCAAUUCAUCCUUUUUGGUUUUUAGAGGUGUUGAAUGAAUUAGUGCUUGUAUUUAAUUGACUCUGCCAAUUUUUUUUUGGUUGA